GCCACAAUACGGCUGACCUCGCACACAACAACAGGAAGGUGUGUGAGCACUGUCUUUCUCUUUUGUCCCUUUCUACACCUGAAGUCUCAUUUGGCAGCAGCUGAGAUGAUCAAGUGGUCUCUAAAAUGAUCUUAGUUCUUCUGCUUUUUCUCGAAAAGGUUGCAGGUGCUACUCUCACAGGGCCUAAUGAAGUGAAGCAAUGUGCAGGCAGUUCCGUUCACAUCAUCUGUCACUAUCAUCCGUUCUACCGGGACCAUGUGAAAUACUGGUGCGAAGGCUACUAUUUUAAUCACUGCAAAGUUCUCUUAAGGACGGGUCAGUCUCUGCCUUUCUAUGAACCUCUACGAAUAAGUGAUGAUAAAAAAGGUGGGUUUUUCACCAUUCACAUGAAGAACGCUAAAGUAGCGGAUAGUGGAUGGUACUGGUGCGCGAUUGAAAGAGUCAGCCGUCACGUACGCAUAUCCAUGCAGUUAAUCAUAUCUGCAGAAGAAGCUGAGCAUUGCUCUGUGACUGAGUCACCACAAAAUGUCAGAGAGACGACAACUCAGACGCUGACAACGUGUGUCUCAACAACUUUCAGGACGACCACAAUAACAACAUCGACAAUGCACACGACACUCAAAACCACUGAACUGACAGAAAUUAAGCAUGAAACCGUGCCACAAGAGAUUUUCAUCACUGAGUGGUUCCCCUCCGAAAUAUGGAGCAUCAUACGGUGGAUCCUCUUCCUAGGAAUGUGUCUCUACCUCACCUGUUUCAUAGCAUGCUUUGAAAUCUGUUAAAAAGACACUAUUGAAGCACAUGCUGUAGUUUUUGGUUUGUUUCAUGACAGGUUUAGAUACCUCCUUGUUUUAUUUUAUUUAACUUUUCAUUUUUUAAACAAAAGUUGAAUUUUAAAUGAGUUGCCACAUGUGAUGUAUAAAUGUCCAAUUUGAUUUUUUCUUCAAUUUCAAGUGAAAGAUUUCAAGUAGAAGAAAUAUUUUUAGAUACAACACAGUUGCACUGCUAUAAGCAACACAUACACUUCAGGUUCAUACCAUGAUGUAAAUUUGGUCAGUCUGACAGUAAAAUGAGAAAAUCCAUUUUGAGAUGUUCAGUAAAUUUUGGAACGUUAUUGUCCACAUGUACACAAUGUACAAUUUUUUUUUAUUCACUAUAUAUUCUUCUUUUCAUUAAACACUGGUUUGGUUCCAUG